UACAUAAAAGAGCCCCCUAGAUAACAACACUAUUACAGUAUUAAAAACUCCCGUUGAUUACAAUUCAUCUAUCAAUCAUUCAUAUCUUCUAGACUUCUACCCUCAGGAUACUUCCCAAAAACCAAACAAAAGGAUUUGGAAAUGAACCCACCACUUAAAUCAUGCAAAAAACUCUGUUGUUUCUUCUGUGCCAUGAAUGAACCAAACCCACUUCUUAGAACUAAAAAACUUGCCAAAUGCUUCAAAGAAAUGCCCUUUGUAGAUGACCAAGAACAUGUAUUGGUUUUAAGCAGUUUAUGGAACUUAGCCAUGAACCAGCCAAAUGAUCCAGAAUUCCCUUCCCUAGGAAUUUUCCAAUGCAUGGCCAACUUUAUUCUCAAAGGUAUAAAUCACAAAGAUUGGCUUUUUAAAGAUCAAAACAUCUACAUACCAUAUUAUGCAGCUCAUAUUAUAGGUUCAUACACCAUGAACAAGCCCAAGUUUGCUGAAAAAGCUGCAAAUUCGGGUGUGAUUCCUCCAUUGUUGGAACUUCUAAGAGGUAAAAUCAGCUGGGUUGAGCAGCGAGUCGCGAUUCGAGCACUUGGGCAUCUUGCAAACCAUGAUAUAUCAUUCAAGAAGCUCAAAGAUCAUGAAGUGGAAAUAAUGGAACUUUCAAUGAAUAUAUCUUCUACUUGCUUAAAAGUGAUAUAUGAUAGUUUUGUCAGAAAAGGAGAAACAGAAAGGUUGAAGUAUCAGUGUGAUUUGCUGACAAGAGGAGUUGAUGGGUUGGAGUUUGAAAAUAGAAAGGCAGAAGAAUGGGUAAGUCAGCUUCAAUGCUGGUCUCUUUCUCUAUUAGACUGCUUUGUAAAGAGACAAAAAUGCCUAAAAUUGAUAUGCAACAAUCAAAGUUUUUUGAAGGAUUUAAGUAAGAUGUGGGGUGGUUUAGUUAACAAGAAAUCUCCUUCUGGUAUUGGUUUAAUAAGAAGUUUGUGUUAUUCAAAAACUGGAAUAGUUAGUAUUCCAAGUUCAAAAGAAGUCAUUUUAAGCCUUUGUAAUACAUCAAGAUCAUCAGAUGAUUGGCAAUACAUGGCAAUUGAAUCUCUCUUGCUAAUCCUCAAAGACACAAAUACAAGAUACAAAGUUAUAGAUUAUGCAGUUUUUUAUCUCAAAGAUUUGGUGGAGAUUAGUAGUAUUAAGGGGAGAUUAAAGAUUGGUGAGAUAAUUACACAAGUUUUGUUACAAGAUUAUGGAAAGAUCAAAUGUGGGAAGUUGAAAUUAAGUGAAAAAACAGAAAGGGUAUUGGAGGAAAUAUGGGAUUUUAAAGUUGAAAAGAGGAAAAAAGAGAGAUUAAUGAGUGAAAAAGAGAUUAAAGAGAGAAAAUAUUUGGCAACACAAAUGAAGAAAGAAGGAAAUGAAUUGUUUAGGGCAGGAGAUAUUGAAAGUGGUUUGUUGAAGUACACAAAAGCUUUGGAAUUUUGCCCUUCAAAGUAUAGAAAAGAGAGAAUUGUUUUGUAUAGUAAUAGAGCUCAAUGUUAUUUGCUCCUUAAAAACCCAGAAAAUGUAAUUAGUGAUACAACAAGAGCAAUCUGUUUGUCAUGUAAAAAUAGCAAAAACCCACAUAGUAAAAGCUUGUGGAGAAGAUCACAAGCUUAUGAUAUGAUAGGAUUAGCUAAAGAAAGCUUGAUGGAUUGUUUAUUGUUCAUUCAUUGCAAAAAGAAUUCAAAGUUCAAAGGAAGAAAUGGUUUCAAUGUCCCAUAUUAUGCAGCUCGUUUGAUAAGUAAGCAGAUUCGCGCCACGUGGCUGUUUUCUGGUGUUGAUUUAAGUUCAUCUCAAUGUGAUCAUCUUGAAGAGAUUCAAGAGUAGAUAGUGUUUAGCUAAGAGCAUUUUUGUUUUUGGGUUGGGAAAAAUGAUUCAUUUUGAUUGAUCAGGUGAGUUUUACUAUUGUAAUGGUUCAAUAAUUGGUGUUUUGUUAAUAUUAGAUUAUGUUAGCAAAGUGGGGAAUUUGCUGUUCCUAGUCUAUGUACCUCCAAAUCAUCCUUGCUUUUCAAGAUCUUGGUGGUUGGUUUUUUUUUUUUUUUGUAAUAUUCUACUUUUGAUUUGUAAGAAUUUUAGCCGUUUGUAGAGUAGACAUUCUAAGCUUGAAAGUCAAAAGUGUGAGUAGUGAAUGUUUUCGCUCGGUUGAAAUACUAUUAACCUAUUUGCUUAUUGUAUAAAUAUAUUUGAUUAAAUUACUUGAAAGCUAA